AAAACAAACAAAUCAUUUAAAACUUUCAAUUUUUAGAAAUGAAAAGGUUCCAUUUUAUUUCAAGAAUUUAUAUAAUCUACUAGUAAUUCCCAAUUAAAAAUUUCUGAGAAAGCGCAACAAAACCCUCUGUCGCCACCAGAUUUAGGGUUUUCGGCCACCAUUUUCACUGAGCUUCGCAGACACAGUAUGUGGAGGCCAUUAGCAAGAAGGGCUUUGCUAUACCGGCGUACGUCGCUGCCGCGGAAGCUGCAUCUCCCCGUCAAUCUUCAGGUAGCAAACCGACCACCACCACUAACUCAUGAAUCCGCAUCUCGACUUUCGUUUUUCUCGAGCACGUAUCAUUUCCAUCAGAACCCUAGAUUUUUCUCGUCGGAUUCAGCUGAGAUUCGCGAUGACCUGCCCCCUGAGCCGCUGAUUUCGGAGGAUAAUGAAACCACUGGUGGUUUCGAUUUCAGUGGGUUGAAUGAAUCUGGUGGAUUUGAGGAUGAGGAUUCCAUAUUUGAUGGCGCUACAGAAACCCCCGAUGUGAAUCAUGGUUUCGGAGAGUUAUUCGGUGAGUCUGUUGCUUUCGGUGAAAAUAUGGAUUCUGCAGAGGAGGGUGUUGGAUUGGUGGAGGAGAAUGAUGCAGAGAAUGUGGAGAGUUUGUUGUCUUUGCUGCAGAGUUCCGACGUUGUUCAUGGUUCAAUCAUACCACAUUUGGAGAGAAUGAAUUUGACUUUGGAUAACGAUCUUGUGAUGAAGGUGCUUCAGACACCCUGUGUAUCAGGGGAGAAUCUGAUCGGUUUCUUACGGUGGGUUCUGAAGAAAUGGAGAUUCAAGUUAACUUCGGAGGUGCUGAAUGAGCUUGUGCGUUCGAUAUGCACACGGAACAGGAGGAGAGAAGUGUAUGCGCUGUGGGAUUUGAUAAAUGAGGUAGCGGAGAAGGAGAAGGGAGUCGUGAGUUCGGAGUGUUUGAAUGAAGUAAUAGCAGAGUUGUCGAAGUUGGGGAAAGGGAAGGCAGCAUUUGAAGUGUUCAAUAAGUUUGAGGAGUUUGGAUGUGCAUCUAAUGCUGAUACAUAUUAUUUGACCAUUGAAGCCCUUUGCAAGAGGUCGUUUUACAAUUGGGCUUGGUCUGUUUGUGAGAAGAUGCUAACUGCGGAUAAGCUGCCUGAUGCCGGAAAGGUGGGAAAGAUAAUUUCCUACUUGUGCAAGGGAGGCAUGGGAAAAGAUGCACAUUUGGUGUAUCUAUAUGCAAAGGAUAAAAAGAUUAAUCUCCCACGAUCAUGUAUGAACAUCGUGGUUAGCUCUCUUUGUCGACUUGAGAAAACUAAUAAGGAGACUUAUGAAGAAAUCAACAAGGAACUUGAUAGAGAAACUGUGUCCUCGGCCUUGGAGAUGUUGGGUGAGUAUUCAGCAGAGGAUCGGAAGUAUGCAAUUAAGCCCUAUUCAAGUGUCAUUAAGAAGUUGUGUUGGAUUGAGGAUGUGGAAAGGGCAAAGAAGCUUCUACUUGAGAUGAUUGAAUUCGGCCCUCCUCCUGGAAACUCUGCAUUCAACUUUGUGAUAAACGGGCUUACCAAAAGCGAGAAUAUGGAGGAGGCUCUGAGCAUGAUGAAGCUGAUGGAGAGCAGGGGCUUAAGACCUGAUGUAUACACCUACUGUGUGAUUAUGAGUGGUCUUGUAAAGGCUGGAGAAAUGGACGAAGCUUGCAAGAUACUCGAUGAGGCCAAAAAGAAGCACUCCAAGCUGACCCCAGUUGCAUAUCACACACUCAUUCGUGGGUUCUGCAGGCUCGAGCAAUUUGACAAGGCUGUGAAUUUGCUAGGGGAAAUGAGGCAGCACGGGGUGCAGCCUCAACACGAUGAGUACAAUAAACUGAUAAAAUCUCUUUGCUUCAAGGCUCUAGAUUGGGAAACGGCUGAAAAGUUGCACGAGGACAUGAAUGCAAAUGGCAUAGUUCUCAACGGUAGAACAAAGGCUCUUAUUGCUGCUGUCAAGGAUUUGCAGGAAGUGGCCGGCGCUGAAACAGCUGAAACCACUGCUUCUGCAUAAUUUCCAUUAAAUUGCCAAUGUGCUCAAAGGGGGUGUUCCACCACUUUCCCGGAUUGUUGUUGCUUUUUGUCAAGACCAAACUUUAUGCUUCUCGUAGUUUCAUGGAUCAUCAAUAGGUGACGUUUAUACACGCCCUUGAGAAUUUAGAAGUAAUUUAGUGGCUAAUGUAUUUUUUUGUUAGCAGUUGUGACCUCCGGUCCAUAGUAUUGUUUUGGUUAAUAAAUAUUUUUGGCAUAUUUGGUGAAAAUUUCAUUGACACAAGUCAGCUAUGAGCUCCUGACUAGUGACUUUUGUGGCCUGAGAUGUUCCUUUGUUUUCCUGUUUGUCAAAACUCUCUGAGAAAAUCGUUACAGCACAAAAGUGAAAGUUAUUCUGAAUAUCAA